AAAAAUAUUUUUCAAAGAUAUUUAGUUACAAAAAAAUAAUAAUAACAAUUGAAAGUAUUAUACAUUCCAUGCAAUAUCACAUUGCAUUUCAAAGGCAUUACUCAACUUUUGACGUAGAGAAAAAAUGACCAAAAAACAAAUAAAUUAAAAUGAAAUAUAAAAAAUUUGAUUGAAAGCACAAAAAAUAAAUAAUAAAUCCAUAUAUCCCAUAACCAAUUGUUUAAGCCACAAAAAAAAACAAAUAAAAAUAAACGCCAUUCCGUCACUGGAUAGUUCAUCCAUACGUUUCAGUACACACACAUACAUACAUACCUUCAUUUCUGCAUACAAGCCAACAAAUAUUAAUACAUAUAUAUAUAUAUGUAUGUAUGUACAUAUGUAUGUACAUUGUAUCGUACUAUAUGAAUAAAUAAAUAUCGGCGUUGAGUUAUAAAAUAUGCAGCGAUAAAAAUCGUCAACAUUCAACAUUGUUUCACUACAACUGCUGCUGUUGUUGCUGUUGCUGCCUUUUGUUGUUGUUGCGGUUUCUCGUAUAUUUGCUUGUGAUAAAAUCAGCUUGUUUAAUUUUUUCAUUGUCGUUGUUUGAGUGCUGUGUUGUGUUUUUUUUUUUUUUUUUUUUUUGGUUUUCCUGUGCAUGUGAUUGACUUCUGCUCAGAAGCACAAAUACACACAAACACACACGGCCACUCGCACUCUCAUUCACACUCGCUCAUUCGCGAUAAUCAACAUUUCUCUUGGGGAUGCGGGCCUGCCCCACACACACUUUUUGUUUUUGUUUGUAAUUGUUGUUGUUUUUUUUCGUAGUAUUUGUCACUCACAAACUGUUCAUUAUCGUCGUGAAUUGAAUUUAUCGCCUCGGCGGCACACAAGUGUUAGUGUACGAAAAGUGAGUGGACUUUAGCGAGUGACUGAGUGAGUGAGUGACAAAAAUAGAGAGAGAGAGCGCGCGCGUGUGGCAACAAAGGGUGCAUAUUGAAUAUGUGCGGUGUCAGAUGGUGGUGAAUAGUAGUGUUGGAUAACGAUUAAAGGAAUAAAAAUGUUUGGUGAUUGCGCUGAAACAACAGACGAGAUGACAGCCGAUAGCAGAGAUUCCAAAGAUCUAAGUCCCACCGACUUAACAGAUGAUCAACAACAACAUUUAGAGCGCGAAGAUCAUCGCUUUGAAGAGACUGACAUUGAAAUGGAGGACGAUACGAUUACAAGAGACACAGGCGAAAAUCGUAUAUUACCUACAAAUCCACAUCGAAUAUCGCCAAGCAGUAGAGAAGAAAACGAAAUGAGCCGGUCGCCAAGUGUGACUGCAGCGAAUAGCUCAAACUCUGCAGAUGCUUUUCCCUCCGAGCAUAAAAUCGAAUUGAAUAUAGAGCCUGAAAAGCUAGAAGAACCAACUGAGCUAAGUAUCGAAUCAACUUCGCCGAACCCGAAUGACACACGGCCUGCCAGUCGAAGCAGUCCACAUAAGGAUCUGCUGACGGCCGGCAAUGAGACACCACCAACCGCGUCACCUACAAGUAUAUUACCUAAAUUACGUUUAAAUGCGCUUUUGGCUUCCGAUCCGGCAUUGAAACCGGAUGCAAAAGACCUGAAAGUCUUACACGAAGAAACACAAAGCAAAAAUCGACUCGCGCAAUUGCCACCACCGCCGGCGCUUACCAAACAGGAAGACAUAGAUGCGAUGAUGAAUGCGCCAGUCGUCGGUGUGGUAGAACCGGUGCUGAAAACAGCAGCAGCAGCAGCACAAACUACUGCCAAUCCAGCGGAAAUCGCACCGCGUCUCAAGUUGUUCGUAUGUUUGCCUUGUGGCAUACAUUUUAGUUCACCAUCAACAUUGGAGGCGCAUCAGCUGUACUAUUGUUCGCAUCGCAAUAAGGACAUGGAAGCCGACGCAGAUUCACUCUCCACCGUAAUCGCUGAGAAGAGCACCGGUAUGAACGCAAACACCACUAAUUCAACAAGCGGCAAUAUUGGCUCAAGUAAUAGCAGUGGGGAACCUGCCGCCAAAGCCAUUAAGACUGGAAAACAAUAUGCGUGCACACAGUGCUCCUACAGCGCCGACAAGAAGGUCUCCCUCAAUCGUCACAUGCGUAUGCAUCAAACUUCGCCGGCGCAUAGUAGCAGCGCGCCACCAUCGAACGGCGCAGUUACCUUGGAUGACGGAAGUUCUAGUCAACAAACGGAUCGUUACUGCAGCGAUUGUGAUAUUAGAUUCAAUAACGUGAAGACGUAUCGUGCCCACAAGCUACACUACUGUAGUUCACGGCGUACCGAGGGUCAGCUAACACCUAAGCUGGAGGUUAGCACCGGUAAUACUAUUAAAGCGCCAAUAGGUGCCGCUGCCAUCAGCCCACAGACACGCACGAAGACACCAACACCAGCAAUGGUGGCCGCUGCCGCAGCUGCUGCCGCCGCCGCAUCAAUACAAGCUUCACCACCACAACCAUUUCUGGCGUUGCCCACCAAUCCAAUACUGAUAAUUCCUUGCUCUUUGAUACGUGCGGCAAGCUGGAUACCCGGACCACUUUCGUCAGUGUCCACAUCAAUUUCCAACCCCGAUACCACUUGCUACGUACUGGAUAAUGGCAACCUAAAACCACUAGCGACAGCUCUGAACAUGAGCAGUUUGAGCGCCAAUGCUGCAGCAAGCGGUAAUAACGCCAAUAAUAUUGUUGCAUCUGCUGCCAAUCUAAACAACCCACAAAUGCCUACCGUGGAAACACCGCCGGCUCGUCAACCUUCGCAGCCGAGCAAUGAAGCGAUUAACGAUGCACCUCCAAUCGAAAGGAAUGCUGGGCGCGGUGCUGAUAGAAGUGGUACGUCGACACCAAAGCGAAAGGAGGGCGCGCGUGAAUCCGCGCCAUUAGACCUCUCACUACGUCGUUCACCCAUUUCCUAUGCUAGUCUUCAGAGGCAGCGUGCACACUCCGCCUCCUCGUACGCCGACUCUGAACAACAACGCAUGGAUAUGGAGACUCUGUUGGAAGCAAGUAAAGAAAAUCUAUCAAUGGAUGAAAGCGGCACUGUCACACCCGAACAAAUCGUUUGCGCCCCAUCACUACCGAAUAGUCCCUCUAUGAGUCCUUCACCGAAACGGCGUGCAAUAAGCCCACGUAGCUCCGGCGCCGGCAGCACGUCCUCAAUGUCACCACCAGUAAAUGUGUCAACUGCCUCUUUGGUCGCUGCCGCUGCUAGCAAUAUGCUCGACCUACCGUUGCGUUCAAUGUUACCCACCGAUCUGGCGGUAAAACUCUCCGAAAGCAAUAUAAUGAAUCCAUUGUUAGCCAAGCAAAACUUCGAACUUGCACUAAAGCUCUCUGCCGUCGCGGCUGCUGCUGUAAACAACAGCUCUCCAGCGAAUGUGGGCAAUGGCUCGACACAUGCCGAGUUGGCUGCCGCAGCUGUGGCUGCUGCUGCAGGAAAAUCUUCGCUACUCGGCAUGCCGGUUUUGGGUAGCACCGCACCGACGGGUAACAACGCCAGUGUGGGUGGUGGUGCGGGCGCCGCGGUGCAACCUCAAAUUUAUGUUAAACAGGGUGUUUCCAAGUGCAAGGAAUGCAACAUCGUCUUCUGUAAGUAUGAAAACUAUUUGGCACACAAGCAACACUAUUGCUCAGCGCGCAAUCAAGAGAGCAGCGAGGGUGGUGAAGCAAAAACGGCCAACACCUCGCCUAUUGGCAUUGUUGGCGGCGCUACGAACGUAGAAGCAACUCCUGUUGCUUAUCAACAACUAAUUUGUGCUGCCUGUGGCAUCAAGUAUACAUCGCUGGACAAUUUGCGGGCUCACCAAAACUAUUAUUGUCCCAAAGGAGGUGGCACCGCAGCAGGAGCAGCUAAUGUGGCCGCUGCCGCAGCAACUGCCGAUGCUGGACAGUUACCUUUAGCCAAGGAAAAGUGCGGCAAAUGUAAGACAAUACACGAAAUGGGCUUGCCAUGUCCACCACCGCCGACACUGCAGCAAUCUCCAAGCGGUGCCCAGCACUUGACCGACGCUGCCAAUAUUAAUAUGGCGGCCUUGUCAACGAUUUCAGCUUCCAAUCAAAACGUCUAUAAAUGUCCCGUUUGUGAUGUAGUGAGUCUGAGCGCAACUGAGAGCCGAAAACAUAUGGAAACUCAUGGCACAGUGAAAGCAUUCCGUUGCAGUAUCUGCCGCUACAAGGGCAACACUUUACGUGGAAUGCGCACACACAUUCGCAUGCAUUUCGAUAAGAAGGCCACCGACCUCAAUGAGGAGCACUACAUGUCUUGCAUUCUCGAGGAUGAGGGUUUGGAAAUUCCAAGCAUUGCUUCAACGUUGAAUCAAGAGCAAUUGGCUCAACAAAUAGCCGCUGUACAACAUCAGCAACUGCAAUUGCAGGCACAACAGCGACAACAACAACAGCAGCAGCAACAACAAAUAUUUAAUUGUGAUUUAUGCAAUUACUCAUCCUCCUACAAGGGCAAUGUGCUCCGUCAUAUGAAACUGGUUCAUCCUCAUAUCAACAUUAACUCACCAUCAAUUUCACCUGAAGCUAACGACCUGGACAACGCUGAUUUGGCUGGUUUAAAUGGCGAGAGUGGCACUUUCAGCAUAAAAAGCGAACCACUCGAUUCAGCAACCAACGCCAAUCCAACACAAUUGCUAGACAAUAACAAUACAACAAUAUUGGCAUCCACCUUAACAGCCCCACCGCCAUUGAACAGCCUCGGCACCGAAGCAAUGCCACACAUUAAAACGGAACCAUUGGACAUUGCUGGCGAUACGCUACCAGCUGCCACCACACUACUGCCACCACCACCGCUUAAUUCACCAGCGAUUGGACCACCACCACCACUCAACGCGGCAACCGAUGAGAAUGCCACCGCUGCAGCGGUAAAUUUGAAAUACUGUCAAACUUGUGACAUCUCCUUCAACUACAUGAAAACCUAUGUGGCACACAAACAAUACUAUUGUAAGAACAAACUGCUACGACCCGAAGCGAGUGACAGUCCCAGUCCAAAUGCUGGUCUCAUGCCGAUGGCGUUGGCAUCGCCGAAUUCUCUGAUGUUGAUGCAAAAAAACAAAGAGAAUUUGCAACAGGAAGCAGCCAUUUGAUAGAACGAAAUGUGGCAAGCGCGUAAGCAGUGGGAAUGGUACUAUAAGUGCUUUUAAAGCAAACACGAAACAAAAAUGGGAGGGGGUGGAAAGAAGAAGUGAUAAUUUUUAGGUAUAAGUAUAAUGCAUUUAAGGUUUUUCGUGAAAAUUUUGUGUAGAAAAAUAGCUAAAACGUGCAGUAUUCGGCUGGAAUCUCUGUAGUUGAAAAGUAACUUUGGAAAAAAAAGCAAAAAACAAAUUUUUUUUCGAAAAUUAAAAAAAUAUGCAUAAUUGCAUUUUAAAGUUUAAGAAGAACGCAAUUUUUUCUUGCAAUUUGAAAAUUAUGUAAAAUAUUGUCACAAAUAACUUAUAACGAUAAUCCUUCAUGAUUUAAUGUGUAUGCCAAAGUUAAUUAUUAAUAUUAGAAAAGUUAUGCGAAAACCAAUAUAUAUACAUACAUAUAUAAUAUUAAUG